CUCCCACUCUCACGAAGAAGAGCAACCGAACGCAGAAAACAACCAAAUAACCCAACCGCCAAAAGAGAAAAAAGAUCAAACAUUUUCGUUAUUUUUCUUCCCUUAGUAGUGCUGCAUUCAAUUUCAACCUUCAAGGCUCCAUCUCCGUUGGUUUCCUCAGACGUCCUGCCCGAGUAUCUCACGAUGAAUCCACUGGAUUAUCAAUCAAAGAAAAACAGGAGACUUGAUAUCUCUACUGCUCCUUUUACAAGUGAUGUAUUUGAACCUAAAACAAAUAGCAACGGACAAUAUCUUGGAAUCAAUGAUGGUUCUCGAGGGGAAUUGUCUCCUCAACCGUAUUCUCCCACAUCACCCGGAGCAGAUAUGAGAAGGGGAUUUCCUGAAGCAAGCUAUCGACGGGCUUUGCUUAGUCCUGUCAAGUCGGGACCUAAGUUCCAUGAAGUUUUCCAUCUGAAACACGAAGGCUAUUCAGAUCUUCCGGCUUCCAAGAUCUCUGAACUGAUGAAAUUGAACAGUUUUGAUAAUGCCCCAACACAGUCUCUCUUGAGCGUAGCCAACGGAAUCCUGGAUGAGACCAUUGAAAGGAAGAAUGGAGAAAUUCCACAUCGUGUGACGUGUCUAUUAAGAAAAGUCGUGCAGGAGAUUGAGCGGCGUAUAUCUACUCAAACAGAGCACUUGAGAACUCAAAAUAAUCUUUUCAAGACCCGUGAGGAGAAAUACCAAUCCAGAAUCAGAGUACUUGAAGCCCUAGCAGCUGGGACUGGUGAAGAAUCACAGGUUGUCAAGAACCAGUUCCAGCAGACACAGACUGUCAAGGACCAGUUCCAGCAGUUACAGGUUGCCAAAGACAAGUUCCAUCAGACACAGGUUGUCAAGGACCAGUUGCAGCAGACACAGGCUGUCAAGGACCUGAUGCAGCAGACACAGGCUGUCAGGGACCCAUUGCAGCGGACAGAGGUUGUCAAGGACCCAUUGCAGCAGACACAGAUUGUCAAGGACCCAUUGCAGCAGACAGAGGUUGUCAAAGACAAGUUGCAGCAGACACAGGUUGUCAAGGACCAGUUCCAGCAGGAGGAGACUGAGAAUACCAAAAAUGAAGAAAAGAAGGCACGUGAGGAACAAGACGUAGUCAGAUUGAUGGAAGAGAAGUAUCAGAUUAAUCAAGAAAUUUCAGCAUUGAAGCAAGAAUUGGAAACAGCAAGAAAAGAACAUGAAGAGCAUUGCUCUAAAAUUGAAAUGGAAGCUAAAGUAGCUAAGCAAGAGCUCGAGGGCAGGUUAAAGGAAGUUAUGCACCUCUUAACAGAAUCUAGGAAUAGGGCUACAGAGCUUGAGGCAUAUUCUGAGUCAAAAGAUUUGCGAUGGAACAAGAAAAAGCAAAAUUACCAAAAAUUUACAGAAAUUCAGCUUGGUGGACUCCGGGAACUGAGGUUUGCUUCUCAGUCAAUCAAGGAAGAAGUUGCAAAAACACGAGAGAGUUAUUCAGAUGACUUUCAUCACUUAGGGAUUAAGCUUAAAGCUAUGGCAGAUGCAGCAGAAAAUUAUCAUGCAGUCCUUGCUGAAAACAGGAAGCUGCAUAAUGAGGUUCAAGAAUUAAAAGGCAAUAUAAGAGUUUAUUGCCGGAUAAGGCCAUUUCUUCCUGGACAGAAUGCUACACAGUCAACUGUAGAGCCUGUUGGUGAAAACGGGGAGCUGGGUGUUACAAACCCCUCCAAACAAGGAAAAGAUGCACAGCGAUCAUUUCGAUUUAACAAGGUCUAUGGUCCAGCGGCAACUCAAGCACAAGUAUAUUCUGAUAUCCAACCACUGAUACGAUCUGUUCUUGAUGGAUACAAUGUAUGCAUAUUUGCAUAUGGACAAACUGGUUCGGGGAAGACUUACACGAUGUCUGGCCCUAAUGGAGCGUCUGAGGAGGAAUGGGGUGUCAACUUUCGAGCUCUAAAUGACCUUUUCCAAAUUUCUCAAACUCGAAGACGCAGCUUUACUUAUGAAAUUGAGCUUCAAAUGGUCGAGAUAUAUAAUGAACAAGUUCGUGAUUUACUGUCAAGUGAUGGUCCGAAAAAACUCGGGAUUUCUUCUACCUCCAAUUCCAAUGGAUUAGCUGUCCCUGAUGCUAGCAUGCAGACAGUCAAAUCAACCUCUGAUGUACUGGAAUUAAUAGAAAUUGGAUUUAAUAACAGAGCAAAAAGUGCCACUGCCAUGAAUGAGAGAAGUAGUCGAUCACACAGUGUUGUCACCAUUCAUGUUCGUGGGAUGGAUAUGAAGACUGGUUCUUCUCUUCGAGGUAGUCUUCAUCUGAUAGAUCUUGCAGGAAGUGAAAGAGUCGAUCGCUCUGAGGUAACUGGAGAUAGACUCAAGGAAGCACAACAUAUAAACAAAUCCUUGGCUGCCCUUGGAGAUGUCAUCUUUGCUUUGGCACAAAAGAAUCAGCAUGUCCCCUACAGAAACAGCAAGCUCACUCAAAUCCUUCAAAGCUCUCUAGGUGGACAUGCCAAGACCCUUAUGUUUGUCCAGCUUAAUCCCGAGUUGAACUCCUAUUUGGAAACUAUGAGUACUUUGAAGUUUGCUGAGAGGGUCUCCGGAGUUGAGCUAGGUGCUGCACGAAGCAGUAAAGACAGCAAGGAUUCCAAGGAAUUAAUGCAACAGAUGGCAUCUCUCAGAGACACGAUUGCCAAGAAAGAAGAGGAGAUUGAGCGUUUACGACAGGUUAAAGAUCCGAAAAAUGCCCACCCGGGGGUGAUUAGUGAGAAGCGUGGUCCAAUCUCACCCAGACCUGGAUCUUCCACUUUGAGCAGAAGUUCCAUAAGCGGGAGUUCUCAAAGAAUCUCAAAACCGCCUGGCGAGAAAAGCUCAGGACUUGUUCGCAGAUGAGUUUAAGCACCAGAAAGCCAGAGGGAACACCAGCCAGAGUUUCUCUGUGGACACUAGGACUAUAGGAUUCAACAAUGUGGAAAGCAAAGAGAGAUCAAGUGACAUUUCUGAUGGUGGUCAUUCUGAUGGCUCGGAGGAGUUGAGUGUUUCCUCUAGACCAGUGAAACCAUCAGAGAGCAAAAGCAAGGUUAGAGUUGCAUCUAAACUUCAAAAAACCACAACAAGAUUGGCACAAGACUCUUUGAAGAGAGGUAUGCUGAAAUCUGCAAGCGAAAGCAAUUUAGUAGCCAAGCCUUCGAGAAAGUAAACACACACUAAAGCUUCAAACUUUUCAAGGUUUCUUAAUUCUUAGCAGUUGCAGUAAUUUUAGGCAAUUGCCAAUCGUCAUGAAGUUUGUGGAUAUAGGGGAUCGGUGCUGCUGUAUAGUAUUUUUGUUUAGCUUUACUGAUUUAAUAGUUUUGAGCUAGUCAGCUUUGUACUAUUUGGUGUAUAUUGAUGAUGAAUGUUGAUUUAAACUGCAAUAAUAAAACAAGACUGCAUGUUGAGUUCAGACUA